UCAGUUGUCACCAGAUGCAUCUGUAACCACACCAACAAAGUCUCAAACAAGGGGAAUUUGGGAUCGAAUACACACCCACCGCCAUUUCCUACCAACCCACCACGAAUGGUUGCCUCCACAAUGCUGUUUAUAAAUACCCAAACAUACCUGAAACGUCUUAUGCAUUCAGCUCUCGCAUCAUUUGCUUAAAUCCAAUUCCAAGCUAUUCUAUCUGAGUAGAAGAUGGUCAAAUCAAAAGUUGUAGCGGUUGCUUUCAUAGUUUUACUUAGUAUUGGGCUCUCCUCUUCUGCAAGGACCGUAAUACACGGUAAGGGAGGAGGUGGUGGUAGUGGUGUUGGUGGUGGUGGUGGGGAAGGUUUAGGUGGUGGGUCUGGCUAUGGCUCAGGCAAUGGUUCCGGGAGCGGAGGUGGUCAUAGUGGGGCACAAGGGGGAGGUUAUGGAAGCGGUGGGGGUGGUGGAGGUGGAGGUGGCUCUGGGUCAGGGUCUGGUAGUGGCUCUGGUUAUGGCUCUGGGAGUGGUAGUGGCUCUGGUUAUGGAUCCGGAGUAGCUUCAGGAGGCGGGUAUGGAAGUGGUGGUGGUGCUGGUGGUGGAGGUGGACAUGGAUCUGGCAGCGGCAGUGGUUAUGGUUCUGGAGGUGGCAGUGGUUAUGGUGCCGGGGGAGGAGCCAAUGGUGGAGGGUAUGGCAGCGGUGGAGGCAAUGGAGGAGGAGGGGGCGGGGGUUCCGGAAAUGGUGCUGGCCACGGCAGUGGCUCUGGAUAUGGGUCCGGCUAUGGGUCAGGUUACGGCGGGGGACAUGGCCAAAUCCCUUAAAGGACCUAAUGGUUUGUCACGUCCAAAUCCCUAUCAAGCAAUUUCCUCUUUACUUUUCACGUAGUAAGUUGUUGUCCUAUAGUCAUCACUCACCGUUUAUCUGCAUGCUUAUCUUAUGUACAUGUUUAUGUGGCUUAAUUGUCACCAUCUAUUAAGAAAAUAAAUCUUACUUUCGUU